AUGGCGGGUGGUGGAAGAAAGGCGGCCGAGGCCAGCAGCAAAAAGGCCCAGGGCCAGGCCCGCAAGGCCGACGCGGUGGCCCAGAAGGCGGCCGCGGAAGAGGCCCGGAGAGAGGCUGACGAGGCUGCUGAAUGGUCCAAGGGCGCCAAAGGUGCCGGCAAGAACGACAUGGAGGGCGAGCAAGGUGGUCUUGGACAGGUACACGAAACGAUACGCGCUGUAACGGUUGUUAUGGUUGCGCCAGAUGGCUGCCGAUGUAUCGUGCUCUUUUCGUUCGGCUACACGUCGGCCCCUACAACACUGGAGGCCGAGGCCGCGAAAAAGGCAGAACUAGCCCGCAAAAAGGCCGAGCGCGAUACCAUGCUCGCUGAGGAAGAGAAGAACACACCCGGCCGCGCCGCCCCAAAGAACGCCAAGUCUGCCACCAAGAAGACGACUGCUGCACCGUCACGAGGACUUGACCUGUCCCAGCUCGGCGACGCCGCCCCGGCGGACAAGAAGCUGACUGCCGUCAGUGCCACCGGCAUCGAUAACGCCCUCGACGCCCUCUCGCUUGACAGCGCCGGCGCCGGUGGGGCAGGCCCCAUUGACCGCCACCCGGAGCGUCGCUUCAAGGCUGCCUUUGCGGCAUUUGAGGAGCGCCGGUUGGCCGAAAUGGACGCCGACGGCUCGAGCAAGGGCCUGCGCCUGAACCAGCGCAAGGACAAGAUCCGCAAGGAGUUUGAAAAGAGCCCAGAGAACCCGUUCAACCAGGUGACGGCGCGGUACGACGCGAACAAGGCGGAGAUAGCGCAGAUCAAGGACCAGGAGAAGGCCAAGAUCGAGAAGCGGUUGGGCGCGUAG